UGGCGCCACAGCGCGGUGUGCUAGUUUCCUGACCAGCAAGUUUUCGUGUGGAGCGGGGAGGAGAGGGCGGGAGAAGAGGGAGAGAGGAGGCGGAAGGCGGGAAGGCGGCGGGAAGGCGGGAAGUCGCGAGGGAGAGAGUGACGAGGAGGCGGAGGCGGCGCGGGAAAGAUGGCAUUCGUUCUGAGGCUGGGCUCGCCCGUGGCGGCGGGCCAUCUCCAGUUCUCAUCGUCGCCUCUCAUGCACGGAAACAGCAAGCGGGAAGUGGCAAACGCGCUGAUCAGUGGCUUUCACGACGUGGAGCAGACACGUGGCACCGUAUCGAACCGUGGAUCGUCAUCGCUGGAUGUACAUAAUCAUGGGUCGAUAGCGUACGGCCAGUUGUCAGUGUCGCUGGAGGAAAGCGGGGUGCUGGGCGGCGGGGAAGGUUGUCGGCUUUGGGCGCCAUCGGCGGCCGCGAGCGCGGGAAAGAGGGGGGGUGUGACUGCCGGGGCGGCGAAGGGAAGGAGAGCAGUAGACGACUUGGUUGGUGGCGGCGCGAGUCCCAGUUCUGCCGCCGCCGCUGCCGCCGCCACCACCGCCGCCGGCAGAAGCCGCGGGAAGAGGUAUCAUCGCCACGUGGCAAAUGUUGAGCUAUCGGCGGGUGCGCCGACGACUUCCACGAAAGCGAGCGCCAACGGUGUGGUGGCCGCUGAUCACGAUGACCUCGGCAAGAGCGGGAAAGGCGCCGCCGCCUCCGCCUCCUCUGUUCUACCCAUCGCCGUGGCCUCCGACCGCUCCUCUUCUUCCGCGGAUAUGGAGAAGAACGGGGCGGGGACGGUGGCGGCGAAGCUGAAGCGUGUGACGCUUCCCUCCCUCUCUCCGUCUACUAUGGUGGAGGAGGAGUGGGUGGCGGAGGAACUGCGCGCCAAUGGGCAAAUGGGCACGAGGAAGACGAAGCUGAUAUGCACGAUAGGUCCGGCGACCUGCUCUGCCGAGCAGCUGGAGGCGCUGGCGCUGGGCGGCAUGAACGUCGCACGACUUAACAUGUGCCACGGCACGCAUGAUUGGCAUCGACAGGUCAUUCAGACCAUAAGAACACUGAACAAGGAGAAGGGAUUAGCGGUGGCGGUGAUGAUUGAUACGGAGGGCAGCGAGGUACACAUGGGCGACUUGAAGGAAUCGCCGGUGAAGGCGUCGGACAACGACGUGUGGACUUUCAGUGUGCGGCAGUUUGUCGGCCCUCUGCCGCCCAACACGUUGAUGGUGAACUACGAUGGCUUCGUCGAUGAUAUCAUGGUGGGAGACGAGAUCGUGGUGGACGGAGGUAUGUCGCGAUUCGAGGUCAUUCAAAAGAACGGUCCCGACGUGAUAGGUAGAUGUACGGAUCCCGGUCUCCUGCUGCCACGUGCCAAUCUUACCUUCUGGAGGAAUGGUCAAUUACUCAGAGAGAGGAACUCGAUGCUGCCAACCAUAACCUCCAAGGAUUGGAUAGAUAUUGAUUUCGGGAUUGCAGAGGAGGUAGACUUCAUCUCGGUGUCGUUUGUGAAGUCAGCGGAUGUGAUAGUCAAUCUGAAGAGAUACAUCGAGACGAAAUCGCCGAAACGACCGGUCGCAGUCGUGGCAAAGAUAGAGAGUGUAGAGUGCUUGUCUCAGCUGGAGGACAUCAUAGGAGCAUCGGACGGUGCGAUGGUGGCGCGGGGGGACUUGGGAGCGCAAAUAGCGCUUGAGAGAGUGCCAGCUGUCCAGCAACAGGUGGUUCAGCUUUGCCGCCAACUGAACAAGCCUGUGAUCGUAGCCUCUCAGCUGCUUGAGUCGAUGAUCGAGUACCCGACCCCGACGCGCGCGGAGGUGGCGGACGUCGGGGAAGCUGUGCGUCAGAAUGCCGACGCGCUGAUGCUCAGCGGGGAGUCGGCCAUGGGGAAGUAUCCCAUGAAAGCUCUCGAGGUUCUCGCAAGCGUGAGCACUCGGAUUGAGAACUACAGGCACGAAGAUGACGACGACGACCUUGUUCAUCUCACCAGACUGUCUUCUGAGCCGUCGGAUCGCAUCAGCGAAGAAGUGUGCAUCGGUGCCACGCAGAUUGCCAAUAAUCUCGACGUCGAGGCGCUGUUCGUGUACACGAGGUCGGGACAGAUGGCAUCCCUACUCUCUCGUUGCCGUCCUAACUGCCCAAUCUUCGUAUUCACUGACAGUCAGGUCGUCAGACAACGCCUCAGUCUCUAUUGGGGUCUGAUACCCUUCCGCCUGCGAUUAUCAGAGGACAUGGAGACGAACGUAACGAGAACGUUCGCUCUGUUACGUAAGAGAGGAUUCAUGAAGCCUGGGGAUAUGGUGGUCAUGGUGUCUGACCUCUGCGCGCCGGGGCAAAGAGAAAUCCUUCAGUCGGUACAGAUCAGGAAAGUAUCGUGAAGGAAGGGAAGAGAAAUUGUACGGAAGAGGAAAACUCUCUCUCUCUCUCUGUCUGCGUCUGUCAUUUUCUCUCAAUCGAGCCCCGUAGAUUGGGCAGGCGAUGUGGUUGGACGUCAUCUGCAGCGCGCUCUGCCGGGGGCAAGAAGAGAACAGACAAAGACGUAGUCUUCUUCAGUCGGUUGACAUCAACAAUUACAUUAGGGAGGCUUCGUCGCGAAAGAGAAAACACAUCUUCACAAUCAAUCCAGCGCUCCUUCACAAUCGAUCCAGAUGUAACUACGCACAUCGUUGUCGUCAUCAGUGCAGGAUCAUCACCUUUUUCUCCCUCGUAUUGCCCUGGAGUCGAGAUUGGAGUACGGCAAUAAAAAUACCUGAGCUGCUGAUUCCAUCGUCUUUUUUUUUUUUGUUGUUUUCUGUUGACGACUCCUUUAUUUCCUUGGUUCGUCUACUCUUUUCCUCUCGUCGAGCUGCUGCGGACUGUCGCGUGAUUCCGUAGAACUCAUUGCGUACGGACAGUGGCGCGGUGACGUACAAGUGGGUUAUGUACGGACGACGAAAGUGGUGAUUUAGGAUUUGACCAUGCAUGAGUAUAGCUCCUUUUUUUUCUUUCUCAUUUCUAUCUGUUGCUCUCCCGCCGUGGGCGCGUAUCCUGGCGCCCUUAUCGCUC